AUGCAGCGACACCUACCUGUGCUCAUGCUGCUGCUGUCCCUGGCGCUUCUGCCUAGCGAAUUGCCGUCUCAUGCAUCCGCUCUACCGCGCACGUGCGGAGUGGCGGAGCAGGGGGAGGCUGCAGCUGGCGGAGAGGCGGGAAAUUCCGGCGCAAGCGCAGGGAUAGCGCACGUGUGCGAUGCGCGCGAAGCGGGAAUGCCGGGGAAGGAGGGCGGCGCGGGGGACGAUGAAGGCGGAGAUAGUGAAGCGGUAGAGAGCGAUUAUAAGGAGUAUCUUGACACCUUGGACGAAGCAGAGCGGCAGAUGGAGGCGGGGGAAUGGGCGCAGGCGGAGGAGCUGUUCUCGCGCGUGGCGCACGUGGGGGAGGGGAGGGGGAGCGCGGAUUCAACAGCGGAGUGCGCAGGGGCGUCGGGGGGAAAGGGGGAGUUGGCAGUGCGGGAGCGCAUGCUGCAGGGGCGGGGGUGGGCGCGCACCCUGAUGCAGUCAUACGCGCUGGCGGAGAGAGACCUGCGCGAGGGCGUGCGCAGGUUCCCAGGCAACGUGCGCAUGUGGGAGUGCCUGGGGUCGCUGCACUUCGACAUGGGCCUCAUGCCGCAGGUGGGGUGGGGGGCCACGUACGUGUGUGUCUUUUUGUGUGCGAGGGGGAGUGCGGCGUGUGAUAGUGAACGCAUACGACGACUUCUCACAAGUGCUCGCGCUGCACCCCAACCACAUCGAUGCUCUCCGAUGGCGAGGCAAGCUGCCCCUUUCAAUUUCUCCCUCACUCACCCCUCGCACCAUCACCCACCCCUCUUCCCCCCCUCACCACGACCACCACUGCAGCACGCCGUUCUCCCUGUCACACUAAACCACAUCCCUCCUGGCCCUCCAUCACAUUCACUUCUAGCACGGCUGGCAGCGCACAGGCUGAGGCGGCACCCAGAGGCCAUAGCGGACCUGAGAGCUGUGCUGCGCGCCGAGCCCAUGGACUCCUUCCUCCUCAAAACCGUGGCCCUAUCAUACACGUGCAUGGGGCAGUACCGCGAGUCGCUGGCGGUGUGGCAGGAGGCGGUGGAGCGGCAUGCGGGCAUGGCGGAGAUGUGGGAGGAGAAGGGCAGCGUGCACCGCAUUCUCGGCGAGGACGCCCCCGCCAUGCUCUGCCUGCUCACCGCCCUGCGCCUCCGCAGCUCACUGGCAGCGUAUCGAAACAUAGUGGCGCUCAGGAGAGGCCUGGGUGACUACAG